ACCAACUACUAACUGGUGGGAACUGUGCCAAUAUGAAGGACAUAUCAUUCGCGGAUUAUUUGCUACUGGGUCUUGCAGUGACUACCUUGGUUCUUGCUACAGAAGAGAGAGUCAGUUGUCCAAAACUUUGUGUAUGUGAGAUUAGACCCUGGUUUUCCCCUAGCUCUGUCUAUAUGGAGGCUCCCACUGUUGACUGUAAUGACCUCGGACUUUUUGACCUGCCCAUGAGAUUGCCAUCUGAUACACAAGUCGUUUUACUGCAGACCAACAACAUUGCUAAGAUUGAGCACCCAUUGGAUUACCUGCCAAACAUCACUGAGAUUGAUCUCUCCCAAAACAACCUGUCAUCAAUAAGUGAUGUCAAUAUUGGCCACCUCCCUCAACUCUUAUCCCUACACAUGGAGGAGAACUGGAUAUGCGCCCUACAAGACAACAGCCUUUCUCAACUGACCAACCUUCAGGAGCUCUACUUAAAUCAUAACCUUAUCUCCCUCAUUUCUCCUGAGGCUUUUCGUGGACUUCAGAGUUUGCUGAGACUUCACCUCAACUCCAACCGACUUCAGAGUAUAAAAAGCGAAUGGUUUGAACCCUUACCAAAUUUGGAAAUUCUAAUGAUUGGGGAAAAUCCUGUCCUCUCUAUUCAGGAUAUGAACUUCAAGCCUCUGAGAAACCUUCGUAGCCUGGUUCUUACUAGAAUGAACCUGUCACAGAUACCAGAUGACUCACUUCUGGGACUUGACAAUCUUGAGAGUAUCUCAUUCUAUGAUAAUACAUUCCCUAAGGUACCCCAUGGUGCUCUCAGGCAUCUGAAGAGCCUCAAGUUUUUGGAUCUUAAUAAGAAUCCCAUUGGGCGAAUUCAGAGGGGUGACUUUGUGGACAUGCUCCAUCUUAAGGAGCUGGGCAUUAACAGCAUGCCUGAGUUGGUGUCCAUUGAUAGUUUUGCCCUGAACAACCUCCCAGAACUGACCAAAAUCGAAGCCACCAACAACCCCAAACUUUCCUACAUACAUCCAAAUGCUUUCUAUAGGCUGCCUAGGUUGGAAACUCUAAUGUUAAAUGGCAAUGCUUUAAGUGCCCUCCACAGGAUAACAGUGGAGUCCCUCCCAAAUCUCCGGGAGGUUAGCAUGCACUCUAACCCCAUCCGCUGUGACUGUGUUGUACGAUGGAUGAACAUGAACAAGACAAACAUUCGCUUCAUGGAGCCUGAUUCCCUGUUUUGUGUGGAACCUCCAGAGUAUGAAGGUCAGCACGUGCGGCAGGUUCACUUCAGAGAGAUGAUGGAAAUCUGUCUGCCUCUCAUCUCUUCAGAAAGCCUCCCCACACAAAUCAGUGUGGAAAGAGGGAGAUCUAUGUCUCUUCACUGCCGUGCCUUUGCUGAACCUGAGCCAGACAUAUACUGGGUGACUCCGUCAGGGAGAAGGGUGAUCCCAAAUGCUGUUUCUGCAAGAUUCUAUAUGCACCCUGAAGGCACACUUGAUAUUUAUGAUAUCACUGAGAGCGAGGCUGGAUUGUACACAUGUGUGGCACACAAUCUUGUUGGGGCAGACCUGAAAUCUGUCUCAGUGGAGGUAAAUGGAUACUUCCCACAACCUGUCAAUGACUCAUUGAAUGUCAACAUUGAAUCUGUACAGGCCAACUCUGUGUUAAUAUCCUGGAAUGCCUCUCAUGGUAGCCUGGCACCAAACAUUAAGUGGUAUACAAUGCCCACUGCAAACCAUCCAACUGUGGCUUUCACAGCUAGGGUAACAUCUGACGUGACUGUAUAUAAUCUCACACAUCUCAGCCCUGCUACACAGUACAAAGUGUGUGUGGACAUUCACAGCAUCCAUCAUAAACAUGACAGCAGAUGUAUCAAUGUCCUGACUAAAGGAUUAGAACAAGACAUAAAGGACUCUGAGAGGUGGGACAUGGUGCUGAUUGCUGCUUUUGGUGUGCUUUUCAUUGGGAUCUCAGUGGCUUGCUUUCUUAUUUAUGUCUUUAUGAGGAACCACUGCAUUUAUGGAGAACUGAACCGAUACCCUUCCAAAAUGGCUCUGAUGUCUGAGACCAGCCAGCAGUCUCCCUUUACAAGGCUCUGGAUUUCUGGGAAAGGAAUGCCAGCUGCUUCUGAGGUGAAAGCCACAGUCAUAAAUGUGUUGGACAAUGCAUUUUAAGCUGCACUUGCAGAGGACCACACAAACUAAAAGCAAAUUGACAAGGCAAGAGCGGAGAACUUGCUUUUCCAACUUGCCAUUUAUCUUUUUGCCUUGAUACAGACAUCAAAUUCAAAUGGAAGGGAUGUCUGAAAAUCUAUAACUAGCUCUAUAGCCCCUCAUCAUGAGCUGUCAGAUGUGGCAAGUGGCAGUGGAACAGUGGUUAACUAGCGAGAGGCAGAGACUUGCUGCUAAAAUAUGCAGUGCGAUAUUUCUAGUUUAUUCACUGAAAACAGAUGAUAUUAAGAUAUCAGGAAGGUUUUGUUUCUCAUACCUGACUGUUAAAUGUGUAAAGAGUAGUGGAACAGUCCUUGUGGUCCCAAGCAAUACCGUCUGUGCUGUACGACAACCAUAUAGGUGUGUUAGGGACCCGAGGGUUUGUUGAGAAGGAAAUCUAGUAGAAUAGAUGAUUACAGUGAUUAUGAUUUAAUUAUGACUUUUGAUGAAUUAUGUUGUUUUUCUAUUUAAAAGCAGAUCUGUCUUUUCAUGCCUAAAAUUGUUAUAUAUUCUAUCCAGAAAUGUAACAGGUAUCUUCUGUGCAGUAGCCAGCCAG